GGGAAGAGAGGGGCUCAGCCGGGCCGCCGCGGGGCCCGAAUCCACCUCUUCGGCGUGGAGUCGCUUCCACCAGGCCUUGUCUCCGUGCGGGCCCCUUCCCGUCGCUCCUCCUCCCCGCGACACGGGUUUAUUCGGGCCGGGGGCGUGGAAGAUGACCUCUGCCAGGGCACCCCUACGUCUUCCUUCACUCUCCUUCCCAGCCUUUGAAGCCUAAUUGCCUGCGCGUACCCAGUUUCCUGCAUUUUCUUCGCCCCCGAUCCUCUUGGCACCGCAGAAGGUCGAAGCAAGUUAAUAUGUGAGGAUUUAUGUGAAGAAGGUGACAUUCGGAAAUUCAAACUUAGACUGACUUGUUUUUAGAAUCCGAAAGGGAAAGGAAAUCAAAUGUGGAUAAACUCAUGCUGCAAAUCUGAUUCGGUAAGAAGACUGUUAGGAUGCCCGUGGUCACACGGAAGCUGAGAGAUCCUGACAUAAAUCCUUGCUUGUUGGAAUCUGAUGCUUCUACCAGAUGUAUGAAUGAAAAUAACUAUGACAAGGAAAGCUGUUCCACUUACUUCUUGAAGUACAAAAACUGCCGGAAAUUCUGGAAUUCUAUCAUGGUCCAGAGAAGACAGAAUGGAGUGAAGCCAUCUAUGCCUACAGCAGCAGAAAGAGACGAAAUCUUGGGAGCAAUGGGAAAGAUGCCCUAUUGAAUGUUUGCAUUAAAAUUGUUUAUUUAACUUAGAAGCAGAUGAAUAUUUUAAAUAAACGAUUACUGUAAUCUUUUAAGACCUUA